AUGCCUCCAUCAACCGACAGCGAGGAGAAAUCGAUUCCCGCCCAACCAACCUUCACAAACACCUCCACAAUUACCCCCCACGAAAGAGGCUUCCAUUUCGACUUUGGCCCCCUCGCCCAGGUCAAUACAGCCGAAACAACCCUCCCCGCCUUCGCCGGCGAGCUCCAACCAGGUCUAUGGAGGCCCCCGAAGCAGCGCAAGUUCGCCAAUCCCGCGCCCCUCGGGCUAUGUGGUUUCGCCCUGACAACCUUCCUUCUGGGCACCAUCAACAUGCAGACACUGGGAAUCACCGCACCCAACAUGAUUGUCGGCCCUGCAUUCGCUUACGGAGGUCUCGUCCAGCUUCUCGCUGGCAUGUGGGAAAUGGCCCUCGGAAACACCUUCGGCGCCACAGCUCUCUCCUCCUACGGCGGUUUCUGGAUAUCCCUAUCCAUCGUCUUCACCCCCGGCGGGUUCAACAUCCAAGCCGCGUACGAAAAAGCCGAUGGCGGUAGUUUGGGCAUGUUCUACGAUGCCUUUGGCUUAUUCCUCAUGGGCUGGUUCAUCUUCACCUUCCUCCUCGUCCUCUGCACGCUCAAAUCCACCGUCGUCUUCUGCGGCCUUUUCACCGUCGUUGAUAUCGCCCUGCUCCUCCUCUCAAUCGGGUACCUACACCGCGACGGAACAGAUAUCCCCAACGCGAAGGUCAUCAAAGCAGGUGGACUGUUCGCGCUCCUGGGUGCUUUUGGUGCCUGGUAUGUAGCGCUCGCGGGUAUCGCAGAUGAUAGUAAUAGUUUCUUUAUUGUGCCGGUGUUUCACUUCCCUUGGUCGGAGAAGGGGAGGGCGUCGAGGAGGGGUAAUGUGGAGGGGAAGGGGGAGAGGAGUGUUUAG